AUGGACGCGGCAGAUGCCACAACGGAUCCCUCGACUCCCAAGCAUGAGAGCAGAUCCCGCACAGAUGAGGCGUCCUCUGGACCUGCAGAGGCAGAGCCAGAGACCAUGGAGACAACAAGCCAGGCUAGCCAUCCAGUUUCCAGGACAAAGGCGGCCGAAAACCGCCGAGGCAGCAAGCGGCCACACCCGCCUGUUCCAAGCCUGGAUCCGGACCAAGCGAAUGUCAGCCCAACAGUCAACCGUGGCCGAAAGCACCGGCAGACUCUGACCCCGGAGCAUGGGCACGACCCUGAAGAGGCUGGAUGCCCCAAAGAGCGCGAGAUCAAGCGACUGCAGCAUGAGCUUGCGGAGCAGAAGCGGGAGAUGCAAAAUCUCCUCAGCGUGGCCAAGCGAGGCCGUUUCAUGCUAGCUGAUGCCCUGAUCGAAAAUGCCAAGAAUGAAAGAGAAAAGACACGUGCUAAGCUGUUCAACGACAGUGUCCGUGUGGGCAAGUACAAGACUAACCUGUACGGUCAAAUCGAGUGGGAGAAUGGCUCGGAAGCAGAUGCCAUCAAGGCAAUGAGGAGCAAGCUUCAGCAGGAGCGGGAUUCUGUGUCCGCCGUGAAGGGCUCGCUGACGAAGCAAUCCAAAAACAAGGCUGUUGAGAACGAUGAAGCGGAUGUAAAUACUGAAGAAGCUGAUGAGCAGCGCGAGGUCUGCAACCACCGGAUGGAGUACAUCAGGAGAGAAGACACAGCCAUCAAGGAGCGCGAGAGCUGCUUGAGGGCGGAACGGCAUGCCUUCCUCCAAAAUAAGAUGCUGGUGAACGCAGAAGACAAGUCACGAUUCAGACACUAUCCUCUCGUGAAGGAUAGAUUUCAGCUGCUGAACUUGAUCGGCAAGGGAGGCUUCUCAGAGAUUUACAAGGCGUUUGAUCUGGAGAUGAUGUGCUACUGUGCCAUCAAGCUUAACGAGAUCGAGACGAAGAUGUCGGACUCCACACGUCAAGAUUUGGUGCGGUGGGCCGUUCGAGAAACCGAGAUCCAAAAGACCUUGACGCAUCCACGCAUUGUCCAGCUGCGCGACUGCUUCGCUUUGGACAGCCACGCAUUCGUGCUGGUGUUGGAGCUUUGCGAAGGUGAGACUUUGGACAUGCGCUUGAAGACCGGUGGCCCUCUGCCGGAAAAGGAAGCAAAAGCCAUCAUUAUUCAGAUUCUGAGCGGACUGCGGUACUUGAACACCUGUGGCCGGAAGAUCAUUCACUACGACAUCAAGCCAUCCAAUGUGUUCUAUCACGCCGGGCAGGUCAAGAUUGGUGACUUCGGGCUCUCCAAAAUGGCGGACCAUGGCAACGAGGGGAUCAUUGAGCUGUCCACUCGGGGCGCCGGCACCUCCUGGUAUCUUCCACCCGAGUGUCACGAGACAGCAUCCCCUACUAUCAGCAGUAAAGUGGACGUCUGGAGUACCGGUGUGGUCUUCUUCGAACUCCUCUUUAAUCGUCGACCUUUCGGAGAGGGCCAGAGCCAGGAUGCCUUCCGCCGGUCGACGGGCAUUGAAGACACCUUCGAGCUGGUCAUUCCAACUGCCCCAAGAGUCUCAAACGAGGCCAAGGAGUUCUUGCGCCGCCUUCUGGCACGGGACCGCGAUCAGCGGCCUGAUGUCCUGGAGGCUUUCCAGGAGCCGUAUAUCCGCAAGAGCUUGACCGACGUUACGGGCAAGAAGCGCUAG